AUGGGUGUGAGGGAAUAUGCUUUGAAGUUUACACAAUUGUCUAAAUAUGCUCCAACAAUAGUUGCCGAUUCUAGGGCAAGAAUGAGUAAGUUUGUUUCAGGUGUGUCUGAAAUAGUGGUUAAAGAGUGUCGUACCACCAUGCUCAUUAAUGAAAUAGAUAUCUCUCGUCUCAUGGUUCAUGCUGAACAGUUUGAAGACGAGAAACUUAAGGAAAAUUCUAGGGAAGCAAAGAGGGCUAAGACCGGUGAUGAUAAUUUCUCUCAUGCAAGUUCCGAUGGACAUGGUCAACCUAGAUUUCAACAAAGAUGUGGAAAGAAGCACGAGGGGAAGUGCCUAGUCGGCAUGUAUGGUUGCUUCAGUUGUGGUAAAAUUGGUUAUAAAAUGAGAGAUUGCCCAAUGCUUAUGGCUAAAGGAAGAGAGGGCAAGCAAGUUCCUUCUAGUCGUUCGGGUUCCAAUGCUCCCAAGCAAAACUGA